AUGUUUGAGGUUACUGUAUUCCACAACGAACACACAUGUAGCCUGGAUUCUAGACAUGCUGAUAACCGUCAAGCAUCACCGUGGGUUGUUGGCCAGCUCAUUAAGAACAAGUUCAGAUCAGAUGGAACUAAGUACAAAGCUAAAGACAUACAAAGGGAUAUGUUUCAGGAGUAUGGGAUCAAGAUGAGCUAUGAGAAGGCUUGGAGGUGCCGAGAGAAGGCACUUAUGUAUUCGAGGGGUACGUCAGCAGCAGCUUAUAGUAAGUUACCUGGUUACUUUUACGUGCUCGAACAGAAGAAUCCAGGUACUAUUACAGACAUUAUCAAAGAGGAGAACAGGUUCAAGUACUGUUUCUGGUCAUUGGCUUCUUGUAGGAGGGGAUUUAAGUUUUGUCCUCCUGUGAUUAGUAUCGACGACACGUUCUUGAAGACAAGGUUUGGGGGCACAAUGCUAGUUGCUGUAGCGUACGAUGCAAAUAACCAAUUGUUUCCAAUUGCCUUUGCAAUUGUUGACAGCGAGAAUCAUGACUCUUGGCAGUAUUUCUUGCAGAAGUUAAAGGAAGUGAUUGGGGAGGUUGAAAACUUAGUGUUUGUCUCGGAUAGGCAUCAAAGUAUUGACCAUGCUGUCGAGGUUAUUUUCCCCGAAGCAUGCCACUGUGCAUGGUACAAACAUAUUUCUAUGAAUGUCACCCACAAGUUCAAGACUGAUGUAUGUAACACGCAAAUAUGGCUGGCCGCUUACGCAUGGUCGAAGAGGGAAUGUGAUAGACAUUUGCAGGUGCUUCGACAGAUGGAUCCUCCCAUCGCUGCUUAUGUUGACAAUAUAGGAUUAGAAAAAUGGGCUCGUCCUUAUUAUCUAGGAGACAGGUACAACAUCAUGACAAACAACGCUUCAGAAAGCCUUAACAACGUGACAGAAGACAUCAUCUGCUUCCCAAUCUUCUGGGAAGACAUCUUCGUUAUCACUCUCCAGGUGUUCCUCAUUUUGCGGUGCAGGUGUGGGCUCUCCUUUUUGCAUUGCCAUCAACUCGUCCAUCUUAGCCAGUAG